GCAGCACGGCCCAAGAUGGCGGCGCGCGCGCGGAGGGGCGGCCUGGCGGCGGCUCUCGUGGCCGGUGCCCUGCUCGCCCUCGGGCGGGCGGCGGCGGAGGGGGGCCCGGCGGCGGCGGCGCCUCCGCACCGGCGGUUCGAGUACAAGUACAGCUUCAAGGGGCCGCACCUGGUGCAGGCGGACGGCACGGUGCCGUUCUGGGCGCAUACGGGCAAUGCGAUACCAAGUGCAGAUCAGAUUCGAAUAACAACGUCUUUGAAAAGCCAACGAGGAUCAGUAUGGACAAAAAACAAGUCAAUAUUCGAAUAUUGGGAAGUCGAAGUGACCUUUCGAGUAACAGGAAGAGGCCGCAUUGGAGCUGAUGGACUGGCAAUCUGGUUUACGGAAGAGCAAGGCAUGGAAGGUCCUGUUUUUGGGGCAGCUGAUAAGUGGAACGGUGUUGGAAUUUUCUUUGAUUCCUUUGACAAUGACGGAAAGAAAAACAAUCCUGGAGUGAUUGUUGUAGGCAACAAUGGAAAACUUCUGUAUGACCAUCAGAAUGAUGGUUCCACUCAAGCAUUGGCCUCAUGUCAGAGGGAUUUCCGUAAUAAACCCUAUCCUGUUCGAGCAAAAAUUACAUACUACCAAAAAACACUGACUGUAUUAAUUAACAAUGGAUUUACUCCGGAUAAAGAAGACUUUGAAUUUUGUGCUAAAGUGGAAGAUAUGGUGUUGCCAUCACAAGGAUAUUUUGGAAUAUCUGCAGCAACAGGGGGACUUGCAGAUGACCACGAUGUCCUGUCUUUUCUGACUUUCCAGUUGACUGAGCCUGGGAAGGAAGUACCCACACCAGAUGCAGAAAUUCCUCAAAAAGAUAAAGAAAAGUAUCAAGAAGAGUUUGAACACUUUCAACAAGAAUUGGAUAAAAAGAAAGAAGAAUUUCAAAAGGAGCAUCCUGAUGUUCAAGGACAGCCAGCGGAUGAUCCUUUUGAAACUGUAAAUGACCGUGAACUGAGGCAAAUCUUUGAAGGGCAGAAUAGAAUUCAUCUUGAAAUCAAGCAGCUAAAUAGACAAUUGGACAUGAUUCUGGAUGAGCAGAGAAGAUACGUCUCUGCAGUCACAGAUGAGAUUACUAAAAGAGGAGCUGGUGUUCCAGGUCAACAAGUACAGGUUUCCCAGCAAGAGAUUGAUACCGUUGUGAAAACUCAAGAAGAGGUCAUUCGACAAGUGAAUGAAAUGAGGAAUUCCAUGGCUGAUACUCUGAGGUUGAUCAGUGGAGCUCAACAUCCUGGUUCUGCUGCAGGAGUCUAUGAAGCAAGUCAGCACUUUAAUGACAUCAAAGAACACCUUCAUGUAGUAAAAAGGGACAUUGAGCAUUUAGUACAACGAAAUAUGCCAUCCAGUGAGAAAUCAAAGUGUCCAGACUUGCCACCAUUUCCAUCAUGCUUAUCUACAGUGCACUUCCUCAUAUUCGUAGCGGUGCAAACAGUGUUAUUCAUUGCUUAUAUCAUGUAUAGGAGUCAACAAGAAGCAGCAGCCAAAAAGUUCUUUUGAUGACCUCUUCCUUUUGUGUUUACAUAACAGCAGUAUUCAUUGCUCCCUGGAACAUCAGUAAUUGCUUCACAACUCACUGGAUCAAAGGAAAACUCCCAGUUACCCAGACCAAAUUUUGUCCUGGCUGCUCUUGAAGUGCUAGCAACAAAUCUGGAUUUUAAGAAUUUUUGUCAGUCAAUGUAGCCUUUUGAUAUGGCUGCCUACGAGAAGUUUCUCUCAACACCGAUAACGUGUUUCAUUUUGCCAAGUAAGAUUUCAGGACUAAGAGAAGAAGACAACUUGCAAUCCGAUUUGACAAUAUGAAGGGAGAGUGAAUCUAGUAACAGUAUUUGAAGUGUAAAUGAUAAGAGGCAAAUACUUUGCUGUCACAAGGGAAUCUCAUUGUAUUAGAGUAUACUAAAUAAAUGGUCAUACCUAAAUCUUUCAAGCAAAAUUCAGUAGUUCUAAAUUACCUAACUCCCUGUUUGAAGAAAAUCUGACAUUUAUCAUUGAUUGCAUCAAUUACUGUAACACCGAAGACUGUCUACUGUUUUUAAAAAAAAAAAAAAAAAAACGAAAAAAAAAACGAACAGCUGACAUUUCCAUAUGUUUGUUUCUGAAUAAUGUAAACUGGUGGUUGGAGGUCGGAGAUAACCGUAUUUGAAUAAAGAUGCAUAUUUUUA